UAACGAGGGUUGUUUACUUUCUAUUUGCAAUGUGGGCAUGUGAGACCGCGAUAGUGAGCUGUAUCAGUUUUCUGUCGAACAAAGUGCUCUGUGCUACUGUUCAGCUAACACACUCACUCUUGUCGGGGAAGCUGUAAGGUACAAUACGCAUGUCAGCCAUGGAGAUUUCGUUCAAAGGAAAACGAGCUCUUGUGACCGGCGCUACUCAAGGAAUUGGAAACUACAUAGCAAAAGAAUUGGCCAAGUAUGGCGCACAGGUUGUUGCUGUGGGUAGGUCUGUUGACAAACUGGAGCAGCUCCGAACAGAGGUUCCAGGCAUAAAAACCAUUGCUGUCGACCUGUCAGACUGGGAAGCUACUCAAGAUGCCCUGUUAGAAGUGGGAGAUAUAGACCUUGUCGUGAAUAAUGCUGGAGUUGCUGUAUUGGAGCCUGUUGGGGAGAUUACUUCUGAGGCUUUUGAUUUGUCAUUUGCUACAAAUGUAAAGGCAGCUAUAAAUGUCUCGCAAAUAUGCAUCCGUUCCAUGAAGCAAAGGAAAGUUCCAGGCUCUAUUGUGAAUGUAUCCAGUCAAGCAGGAAUAGCAGCACUGGCUUCUCAUGCUGUUUAUGGUGCGAGCAAAGCAGCAUUGGACCAGCUGACAAGAGUGAUGGCUUUGGAACUUGGACCUUAUAACAUCCGUGUGAACUCUGUGUGCCCAACAGUUGUCCUAACCCCAAUGGCUCAGGUUGGCUGGAGUGAUCCGAAGAAGGCAGAAGCAAUGAAAUCGAAGAUUCCACUGCACCGCUUUGCUGAGCCAAGUGAAGUCUCAGAUGCUGUGUUGUACCUUCUUAGCGAACGGUCGUCCAUGAUCACUGGCACCAUACUUCCCAUUGAUGGUGGUUUUACAGCUUGCUGAAGAUUUGGGGGGCUUUUGGUGAGCAGCUAUGUCUACUAUAGCCACCUUCAACUUAUAGUCCCGGAAGAGGUGCAUAGGUUGCACACAGCCAAAAAAAUUAUACUUUUGUACCCGUUUUCCCUAGAAUUAUAUUAUUGAAAUGUACAAUAGUAGGUGCAGCAAGGAUCUCCCUAACUUAAGUUGUGGUGGAUGUUUUUGUAUCUGUCUAUCGUACACGUCUGUGAAAUAUACACUUACUGUAAUUUCAUGCGUAUUAGCCGCGGCUUAUGCGCAAUUUUUUUUUGUCACGUACGCUCUGUGGCUUAUCCACAGGUGCGGCUUUUCUGAUGACCAUUUUUCCCUGGUAUUUUCCCCAUACGCCAGUUUUAACGAAAGGGUCUACAGUGUCUCUGGAACAGCAUCGCCCUGCCGAUGCACGAACAGUGCAUAACAGUGGCACGUCCACAUUCGAGUAGAUUGGUCUUCCUGGUGCCUUCAUCCAAGCAAGUUUAACGAAAGUGGUGACAGUGAUUCAUGUCUUCUGGAAAACGACUGACCCGUCGAUCCAUGAAAAACAUGCAACAAGGGCACAAUCCGAUCUUGGUAGAACACUACAACUGACCUCCUUUGUUGUACACCAUCAUGCCGACCUCGGAGUAUGGACCACAGGGUUUAUAGCCUUCUCUAUGGUCUCCUUUGUCGCACAUAUCAGUCGCGCCGUAUUGCCCGCGGCUUAUCUGCGAGUGCGGCUUAUCCGCCAGAAAAUUUUCAAAACGACCCUAAAAAUGGGUCAUGCGGCUUAUCUGCAGUGCGGCUUAUACGCGUGAAAUUACGGUAAGAGACUUUGCAGGCAAUUUCAGCAAAUAAACUGUUAUAGCAGACA